AGACCUUGUAGUUGUAGGUUAGGUAUGAGAAAGUCAAAUAAGAUGGUAUUUAUUGCUUUUGCAGCUUCCCAUACCGACUGCCCUUAACCUUCUUCCCUGCCUUUCUCUCUUCUUUGUAAUAAUUCAAGAAAUGGGUUGCAAGCCAUCUGAUAAGCCAAAAGCUAAGCAUAGGAAGGGGUUAUGGUCACCUGAAGAAGACCUAAAGCUCAAAAACUAUGUCCUCAAACAUGGCCAUCUUUGCUGGAGCUCUGUUCCCAUCAAUGCAGGAUUGCAGAGGAAUGGGAAGAGCUGCAGACUAAGGUGGAUUAAUUACUUGAGGCCUGGAUUAAAACGAGGGAUGUUUACUCCCCAAGAGGACGACGUUAUCCUCUCCCUUCAUCAUUUGUUAGGCAACAAAUGGUCCCGAAUUGCACAAAGUUUGCCUGGAAGAACAGAUAAUGAGAUUAAGAACUACUGGCAUUCUUAUCUGAAGAAAAGGAUCGCAAAAGUUGAAAAUUUGGAAGCUCAACACACAUCUUCAACCUCAGAAUCUAGUGUGCUGCCUCAAAACCUUACGGACCAAUCGGCAAGCUUUGUUACUGAUCAAGCUGUUCCAAUGCAUUUUGACUUGCCCCAACGAAGCCCACUGCCGAAGCUUUUAUUCGCAGAGUGGCUAUCGCUUGAUAAAGAAGGUGGAAGUAAGCCAGCAGCUUACUCUGAUGGAUAUAAUCAAGCUUCAGCUUCCAGCUUCGAGGAUCCUUUCAUGAAUGGUUUUGUAUUCAAUGAGGGAGGAUUUGGCACUGAUCUUCAGGAUCUGCUAAACGAUGCAUCAGUAAACCAAUUGUUCAAGUUUGAAUUCCAGAUUUCAGGGAACGACUUUAUUGGUUCUGGGUGGGAAUAAUAAAGACAGAUGUACUCAUCCUUUCUUUCUUUUUUUUGUUCAAAACAUAUUAGUGAUUUCAGUAUGAAUAAUGAGGGAGUGUACAUAUAAGGCCAAAUCUCCAUGGGUGCCACCUUGUUUUUUUUAUUAUCAAAAGUACAGAUUCAAGAUUCUCAAUUUCUUUGUUUAACAGGAAAACUUUAAUAUUUCUGAAA